AAAAAGUCAAAUUAAAUCCUUCUACUAAUGAGGCCUGGCCUCGUCUCUCCAUCGCUCUCAUCUCGGCUGGUUAUCGGUUUGCAGACCAGUCGGCCUGCUGCAGCAGCCUCAAGGAUUCUGAAGUCAAUUUCCACUUCUUUGCACUGAACAAACGGGAAUUCAAAGAUAUCAAUUUGCAUGGCUUAAAAUAAACAGAGUCAUGCAUCCCAACACAUGGAGGGUAAUUGCUCUGCUGCCGAUUUAAAGAUUCUCCCAAAUCGCCGGGAGAAUAAAUGUAGCGUGUUCAUUGUAGUCGACACUUCAAUCAAUACGUUGAACUAUUGCUAAACAAAUGCUAACAGCACUUUACAGUUAAUAGACUGUGGGGUCGAUACAGAGUAAGCUCUCUGUCGUUCAGAAAUGUCAACAUGGCAAGCAGAAAUAAAUGGAAGUAGGGCAGCGAGCGCGGCGAGAACAUCAUAGCGACAAUUUGAAUUUCAAAGUAAUUCAAGUGAAGACAAAAAAACAGGAAGUUUUUCAGAAGUCUGCGUUUGGUUUUUGCAGCAGUCGACAUGAGCAGAUGGAACGUGACGAGCCGAUAUUGAUGUGACAAGCACGUCUGACAUUGAUAUUUCUGCUGAGUUUCGGUCCAGACUGCCAUUAUCUGCCAUUUUCAAAUCAAUUUCUCCUUUUUAUACGAUUGGCUGCCCCCAUAAUACAAAAAAAAAAAAAUCAGUUUCUUUAUCACAAAAUGAGUGUUCAUGUCCUUCUCUGGCCUUUCUCCACUUUUCAGCAGCUGCGAGGAGCGAUUGAUGCAGGGAAGUGUUACGACGCCAUCGAUUUCCUAACACAACCCGGUGAAUACUCCCUGAUCCAAUUCAGGGAUAUCAGACUUGCGUCACGCUCAGCAGAUGGACUGGCUCACACCUGAGAUGUGAAGUGUGUUAUGUGAGCCAAAGGUGUUUUCCCACCUCGCCGGUGGUGGGGAGAGAUGUUGCACUCCGUUGCCAUGACAACAGAAGUACUCUUUGUUCUGGGGUUCCUGAUGAGCAGCACCGGGUGUAGUCCCAUUACGACCCUACCGGUGAGCCGCGAGCGUCUGGAAAGAGUGUUGACCCAGGCCAGGGAGGACAAGCGUGAGGAUGAGGCGCUGCCAGGUUUCGCCUCGCAGCGGCAGAAGCAGGACGGCGACGCCUUGGGUGGCAACCGAACCGCCGCCAGCCGGGUCAGGGCCAACUCCCGAGGAUCUAAAGGAGGGAAGUCACAGGAGCUCUGGACGGAGCCAAACAGCCUGAACGAGAUAGACGAGGGCCCCACCAGUGACGUCGCCUUGUCCUUGGACGCCAUCGACGAGUACGCUUACCCGGACUACCGGGGCAAAGGCUGCAUGGACGAGAGUGGCUUUGUGUUCGCCAUCGGGGAGGAGUUUACACCUGGUCCGUCCACGUGCCCUUGCCUCUGCACGGACGAGGGUCCUCUCUGCAGCCAGCCUGAAUGUCCCAAGGUUCACCCUCGCUGCAUUAAAGUGGACACCAGUCAGUGCUGCCCGCAGUGCAAGGAGAAAAAGAACUACUGCGAGUUCCGGGGCCAGAUCUAUGCCUCUCUGGAAGAGUUUACGGUUUCUCCAUGUGAGAAGUGCCGGUGCGAGCCGAGUGGGGAGGUCUUGUGUUCCGUGUCGGCCUGCCCCCAGACCGAGUGUGUGGACCCGGAGUACGAGCCGGACCAGUGCUGUCCGAUCUGCAAGAGCGGGCCAAAUUGCUACGCGGACACUGCGGUGAUACCGGCGGGCCGAGAGGUGAAGAUUGAUGACUGCACGAUCUGCUACUGCACAUACGAGGAGGGGACGUGGCAAAUCGAGCGCCAGGCCACCUGCAGUAAAAACGAGUGCCAGCGGAGCUAGAACAUUGGCAUGCGACACCAGCGCCGAUCCGCAUGUAAACUCUUGGACUCUCACCCAGUUUACCGGACACCAGGGUCGGACGGCAGCCCUCCAACCACGUCAACGUUUGUAAUCUCCUUUUAUGAAGGUUUAUAAUCCACGAGAAUAUAUUUAUCUAUGUAUUAAAUUAUUUAUGACAUUGUACAAACCUAGGAGUGGUGCUGGACUAGCUGAAUAUUUUUAUAGCUUCGGGUAUUUUACGAGUCAAUGUACUGGCCCAGAGGUCACUCGAAUAGAAUGUAUAGCUCUGACUCUCACUGCUCCUCCUCAAGACCCUUCACGUCUGGCAAAACUCUCCACCACCAAAGUGCAGACUCCACUCGUGUGGUCCACUUUAACUGGAGCUGUGUUUAGACUGAACUCAGAACCAUGACUGUUAUGACGCCGACCGUGCAGUGGUUGGGCUUUAAAUUUGUUCUCACCUUGUGUGUAGUUGUUAGAAUCGGAGGGGCGUCCGGUGUCGUUCCAAAAAAGGAUUCGUGUUUUCAUUUCAAAGUGCUAUUUUGUAUUAUUCUUGUGUGUUCAUGUUUGAAAUAAAUGCCAG